CAUGGCCGCCCCCCCGCCGUUAGACGUGAGAGUGGAAACUACAGAUGAAGAAAUGAGCUCCGCGGUGGAAACAGGGUCCACAUCAGAAAAUGGAGGAAAACCUGAGAGAGACUCGACUAAACCUGAGCCGGACGCCGAGGAGCAAUUCAAGAAACCCGCUCUUUUCAAGGCUCCGUCUCUCGCCAGCAAACGCGGUCACGUCGCGGCUUCGUCCAAACCAACGGCUGCAGAAACCAAAACGGCUGCAGAAACUAAAGCUGUGGAAGAAAAGAAUGUCGUUGAAGUCGCAGGAAUAACCAGCAACGCUUCACCGAGUCCUGCUGUUGAAAAGGAACCUGCGGAGAAGCGUAAAGAAGAGGAGGAAGAAAAUGGCGGAGAAGACAAAAGCGUGUCCACUGUCAGGAUCAAACCUGAAGCUAAACCCAGGGUGCUUCCUGUCAGAGGGCCCCUACCUGGGAAGUUCCCGCCCCUGGGGUACACGGAGCCCCUGUGGGGGGGCAGCGCCGCGGACAUGCCCUACGCCCUGGAGAUCCUGAAGAACGGCACCAUCGUGGACACGGUGCCGCUGACCCACGGCAGCUUCUUCGUGGUGGGCCGCCUCCCGGUUUGCGACGUGUCCCUGGAGCACCCGUCCAUCUCCCGGUACCACGCCGUGAUCCAGUUCCGGGCUGAGGCCGGGGAGGGGGGCGGUGUCGGGGAGGAGAGGGGCUUCUACGUGCACGACCUGGGCAGCACGCACGGCACCGUGGUGAACAAGAGCAAGAUCCCUCCGAACACCUACGUCCGGCUCCGGGUGGGCCAUGUGCUGAAGUUCGGAGGGAGUACGAGACUGUUCAUCCUGCAGGGUCCAGAGUUUGAUGAGGAAGAGGAGUCUGAACUAACAGUGACAGAGCUGAGGGAGAAAGCUCGCAAACAGAAAGAAGAGCUAGAGAAGAGGAUGCUGGGAGACGGUUCGGAUGAUGAUGGCGACGAUGAUGAUGAGAAGGAGAAAGGAGGGGAAGGCGAUAGCAUCAAGUCCAAGAAGAAAACGUCAAAGGAAGAUUCAGGGUGUUCGUGGGGAAUUGAUGAGGAGGUUGUUCCAGAGGAAGACGAGGAUGAGGAAAACCCCUUCUCAACUGAAUUCCAAGAGGACCAGGAGGCAGCAUACCUGAAAGAUCCCAAGAAAGCUUUGCAGGGCUUCUAUGACCGGGAAGGGGAGGAGCUGGAGUUUGAGUAUGAAGACAAAAGCCAUGGCUCCUGGCUGUGCAGAAUAAAGCUGCCUGUGGAUGACGCCAAGGGCCGACAGCUGGUUGCUGAGGCGACCGUCACGGGGAAGAAGAAAGACGCAGCCAUCCAGUGCUGCCUGGAGGCGUGUCGCAUGCUGGAGGCCAGAGGGCUGCUGCGGCAGGAAGCAGUGUCCCGCAAACGCAAGAAGAAGAACUGGGAAGACGAGGACUACUAUGACAGCGAUGAUGACACCUUCCUGGAUCGAACCGGCACUGUGGAGAGGAAGAGGCAAGACCGAAUGAAAAAGGCCGGAAAGAUUGAGGAGCGGGCUGAGACAUUUGAAUCAUUGGUGGUCAAACUGUCAGAGGUGGAGAAGGAGCUGGAAGACACUCAGAAGAAGCUCAAUGCUGGAAGAGGAGACUCUUCUGGUUCUUCCACGGGCGACACACUAGAUGCCUUUAUGACCGCCGUGAGAACUGAGACAGCAAUGGACGCCGUGGAGCGCAGGAAGCUUCACGUUCACGUAGCAGACUUGCGCAAAGAUGCCCAGCGACUCCGCAAACUGGUCGAACUCACGCGGCCGGCACAGAUGCCAUCACUGCUGCCGAGUGGCAGCUCAGAGUUGGAGAAGCCCAAGAAGACCUUACCCCUGUUUGGAGCCAUGAAAGGAGGAAGUAAAUACAAACUUAAGACUGGCACCAUCGGGAAGUUGCCUCCUAAGCGACCAAACUUACCUGUGGAGCUCUUCAACAUGAAGGAACUUGCACCCACUGGAGAAGAGGAGGAAGAGGAAGAAAUGGAGGGAGCGGUGAAAAAUGAGGACAAUGAUUAUGAACAGUGUGCAAGUAUCUCAGAAUCUAAUGACGAAUCUGAGGAGUCCAGUCCAUCUAUGUCUCGUGAGAGCUCUUCUUCAAGGAAGCAAAGAGGGAAACCAGCUCAGUCCAAUGAGCUGAAAGAGAAAAUCCACAAACAGAAGGGAGGAGGAGGCGGUGCUGAAGCAGUGGAGCAGAGCAGCAAGUCCCCACCGGAAUCCAGUCCAAAGUCCAGAGCAGAAGGUGACAGAGACCCAGCCACUGACCCUGGUGCCAGGAAGAAGAAGAAAGGGAAGGGCCCUGGCCGACCUCCAGUGCAGCUCUCCGGAGAGUAUCCAGACGAUGACCCUGAUUAUUCAGUGUGGAUGCCUCCUUCAGAUCAGACUGGAGACGGACGCACUCACCUCAAUGACAAGUACGGCUACUGAGGGAGAGCUCUUCAGCGUCCACUCCAGCAUUUUCCAUACUGUAGAUAAUACCUGCAGCACAAAGAACAUGAAGCCCCUGGCUCACCUUAAGAGCGAAGCCUGAAAGAAAGUGCUGAGUUGCAGAGAAACUUCUGCCGAACCUUUUAUUCAUCUCUUGAGGAUAUUUGCAUUCGCAGACUGUGAUGAACAGAAAUCCCACCAUUCCACUUCAAACUGAACUGGGAAGCUUGGGGGAACUGCCCCCUCCUGCUCCUCCCUCAUUGGUGUAGGCACUGGGCAGUCGGCCUCUUGGCUCUUUCCACUAUGACAACGAUAGAUUUGGGUGGCACCUGAAUAUUCAAAUACAUUUGAAUUCUGUAUUAUCAAGCAGAAAAUGUAAAGUUACAUAGCAGCAGCAACUGAUCUGAGAUCAGCCUCUUGCUCUUUGGCUGCCCCUCUUGCAGUUACAUCCACCUGACAUCCAAACUGGGUUCCUCCUCUAUUUGGCUUCAGUCGAUCGCUGGCAUAACCUUUCCUUUUUCUAAAGGAGUGUGUGUAGCAGGGAGAGAGAGAGAGAGAGGGAGAGCAUUGAAGCAGCUUUUCUGACCAUCUGGACACUUGGAUGGCUUACAGGAUGAAACGCAAGCUGAUAAUGACUCAAGCUAAGUGGAGUGUGUGUGUGUCUGCGUCUACACCGACUCACACACACACUCAUCGCCCAACCUUCUCAAAGUUCUCUUUUUAACACGAUUGUCUUCAGGAGCGAGUCAGCCAUCGCUGUGUUCGCCUCGAGCAGGAUUCCUCUCCCUGUGAAAUCCCACUCGUUACUGUGCUCUUGGUUUCCUGCCAUACUCUCCACCCUCUUUCCUGUUCUUCUCCUCUUCUCAAGUGUUUUUUUGUUAUAUAAAUGUAAAAUUAAAAAAAGUGUCUGUACAUAACCUGUGAGCUGCUUCCCCUUGUUUUUAUGAUCUUGGCAUCCACAUAAAUGUUUCCCUCGCUGGGCUUUCUUCACACUAACACUUGUUUUGACGUCAGACUUUCUCUCCUUUGAGUGCUCUCUCGCUCUCUCUCUUUCACACAGUCUUUCUCAGAAUAUGAUCUGGCACAAAGAGGCUUGUGGUCUUCGCUGUGACCUAAUCACAGAUGGAGUCCUCGAACACACGAAGAGGAAUCUGUCUGACACUGGGGAAGUUUUCGUGUUAUGACCUUAAUAAGUUUUACAAAGUUAACAUUUUAUAUUGUACAGUAAUUUUAUAUAAUCCUAAUCUAAAAAUAAAGGUUUUGGGAUUUACAGUUUCAGUGACUGAUGUGCGAUUUGCUUCCUGUAUAAGGAUGUUUUGAAACUAGAAGGGCGAUGGGAGACCCUGUUCCUCUGCCAAGGCUAACACCCCUUUUGCAACGUUAAAGUGACAGUAUGUAACUUUUACUGGAUACAGCGCCCUCUAUAGACUCAGAUGGUGUUUAAUUCCCUUGAGCUCUGUAUCUGAGCAGUUAUAUUCGUUUUGUAUGACCAGAAAACAACAGUUGCAUCUAUGUGUUGACUGGAGCUCUGACUGGGUCCUCCCACUCUAUGAACUGAAACAGCUGAAUGGUGCCUAUUACCCUGUAACAAAGACACCAAACUCUGUUUAGAAGUCUUCUUACUUUAACAGUUUCCCUGCUGAACACUUGAGAUAAACGCUGGUUUUGAAUUGCUAUUUUUUUGUUCAACUACAGUUCAGAAUUACUCUUGAACUUGUUACACUUCUCACAGGAGAUGGUAUCCACACAAAAAAGUAACAUAGGUCAAAAACACCAUUCCCCCUAUUCCAUGUCACUGAACCAUCAAACAUAUUUUAAAGCUGCUAUUUUGGUUUAAUAAAGUGUUUUGAACUGAA